GCGCAAGAACCGUGUCUUUUAAACAUGGAACCUUCCAAGCCUCGUGACACUCCUUUGCUGAAUGUGGAACCGGCGAACCACGUAUCGACGAACUCUUGGAGAUCGUGGCCACCAUUACCUGCCUGUGAAGAAGACGGCGGUGAUGAGUACACGCGAAUUCUGGAUUUUAUGCACAAAGUGGAGACCUUCGAUCCGCUGCCCCACGAAGAGUUCUUGGAUUUAGCUCGGCUCUUCCAGCCCCGGGUCGUGAGCAACGGCGAGGCCAUCAUCAAGCAAGGUUCUGAAGGCACAGAGCUUUACUUCAUCCAGACGGGACUUUGCUCUGUGCGAGUGCAAGAAGGACAACAUGAGAGACAGGUCGCCACUCUACGACCAGGCGCCUACUUUGGCGAGGUGGCCUUGAUCGAGCACGAGCCGCACAACGCCUCCGUCUAUGCGCAGGGCGAGGUGCUGCUGUACGGCCUGCAUAAGAGCCAUUUCUACGACUUCCGGCUCUCGGAGCGGCUCAAUUUUCAACUGAAGUAUCCCGUGGCGCGCAAUGCAUUGCAGAUCAUCUUCGGAAGGACAUCCAGAAGGAUUCGAAGCUUUUACAAGGUGUGCUUUACCCUAUUUCUUUACCUGCUGGUCUCUGGCAUCAUGUUUCAUUAUCUUGAAGGUUGGGGAUAUUCUGACUGCAUCUACUUUGCCAUCAUCACGCUCAUGACAGUGGGCUAUGGUGACCUGGUGCCCAAGAAUUGGUUCUCACGAAUUUGGCUGGUGCUUUUGAUCCUGGUGUCUUGGGUCUUGGUGGCCCAUGCCAUUGGUGAGUUCUUGGAUCGCAUGGUGCGCUUGGAGAUGAAGAACGAGAAGGCCCGCAAGAGCCUUCGGCUCCGCCGGCCGCGGCACGAAGUCUUCGACGAAGCCGGGCGAAGGCGACACUUCAAGUGUCAAAUGCUGAAAUGCCUGGGUGCUUUGGCCCUGCUCCUCUUCGUGAGCUGCCUGGCUGCGCAAACCUUGGUACUGGAGAAACCCAAUUGGACUGACUGGACAGAGGCGCUCUACUUUAGUGUGGUGACCCUGGCAACCAUCGGAUAUGGGGAUGUGACGCCCAAGUCCGAGAAGUCGAAGCUAUCGAUUGGACUCCUGGCCUUGAUCGGCGUGCCCUUAUUCGGUUUGAUCCUGGGUCGCAUCGUCCAGAUCACCUACGGCAAAGCACGGCGGGAAAGUCUACCAGAGGUCUGUGGAGGUCUCACCAAUGAGACCUUUGAUCAGCUGAUCGACUUCACCGAUCAGAUGUGGCGAGCUGGAGCUUACAACUCCCAACCCCAGAGAAGCCGACGUGAGCAAAUCACUCCGUUUGAGUUCUUGUGCUUCAUGCUCACGAAGAAUCAAGCAGUCACCCUUGAAGAGAUCCGUGUGAUCAUGGCCAACUUCUCAGAACUCGACGUGACGAAGAGCGGCAUGUUGGAACAACACGACGUGGACACCUGGAUCUCCUUAGGCUCGGUGGCGCCCCCCGGGCGCACGGCCCUGAGCCGCAAGUUCCGCAAGAGCUCGCAGCUCAGUGGUAGAUCCGGAGUGAGCAAUGGAAGUUUCGAGGUCACUGAGGGCUCACCCAACGGUCGGCAGCAUGCCACCUGAGUGGCCCGACAGUCGAAGAGGCAAAGCGGAGCGAUGCCAGCUGAUGGACCUGGAAAUUCCGGUUGAUCGAGGAAGGCCUCUCAGGCGAUGUUGGGAAGUGAGGAGGUAAGACAACGGAUGUUGAGAGGUCCCGUUUUGUUGGUGCUAGUGAACUCCUGCGAGCAGAUCUUCAUAGAGAUGUUACUGCUGUACGCAGUGAUUGAUGCGACUGUGGAGUAGUUGUGCAUCCGCGGGAGAUGGCACAUGAUGUCU